AUGAAGCUACCCAUCUCGCGAGAGGGGUUGAUGAACUCGCUUGGCUUCGAGAACAACCCGGAAUUGCGACCAUUAUCUUCAGUACUGGUAAGAACACCGGAAAUACGAUCCAGCCGACAAGCAGUCAAACGGACACCUUAUGCUCGACGGAACAAUAUGGGCCCUUGUACGGCAAAAUUUGGCAAAGUAACAAUAUUUAUUGGUUAUCUGGAAAACGCGUUGGAAGGGAAGUGA